AUGUCAAAACCGGAAAAAGCUGGAGCACAACAGACGUCACUUCUUGAUGUACUGAAGAAAAAGAUGCGACAAGCACGUGAAGAAGCGGAAGCAGCAAAAGAUGAAGCAGAUGAAGUGAAACGGUUUCUGGAAGAGGAACGAAAGAAACGUGAAGAUGCUGAAGCUGAAGUAGCAGCAUUAAAUCGUCGGAUUGUGCUUGUUGAGGAGGAUUUAGAGCGAACAGAGGAUCGUUUAAAAAGUGCCACAGAAAAAUUAGAGGAAGCAUCAAAAGCAGCUGAUGAAGCUGAACGGGAUAUUUUGUUAUGUUUCAUUCUUCCGGCGGAGGCUGAGGUAGCAGCCUUGAAUCGUCGUAUGACACUUUUGGAAGAAGAAUUGGAACGAGCGGAGGAACGUUUGAAGAUUGCAACAGAUAAAUUGGAAGAAGCAACUCAUACAGCUGAUGAAUCUGAACGUGCUCGUAAAUCAAUGGAAACACGAUCACAACAGGAUGAGGAACGAGCAAAUGUUUUGGAAAUACAAGUUGAUGAAGCAAAAAUAAUUGCUGAUGAAGCAGAUCGAAAAUAUGAAGAGGUUAUCAUAUCAUAA